AUGAGAGGCGAGGUUCUUCAUCUCCACUUGGGCCAGGCUGGUACCCAGCUCGGUAAUAGCGCCUGGGAGCUGUACCUCCUCGAGCAUGGUCUCGGAGCUGAUGGCCGCCCGGAUCCUAAUGCUAAGGACGUCGGCGAUGCUGGUUCAUUCGAGACCUUCUUCACUGAGACGAGUAAUGGCAAAUACGUCCCCCGCUCCAUCUUCGUCGAUCUCGACCCGUCCCCGAUUGACGAGAUCCGCACCGGCACUUACCGCCAGCUGUUCCACCCGGAGCUUCUGAUUAGUGGGAAGGAGGAUGCUGCCAACAACUACGCCCGUGGCCACUAUACCAUUGGCAAGGAGAUGAUUGACAGUGUCAUUGACCGCAUCCGCCGUGUCGCUGACAACUGCCAGUCCCUCCAGGGCUUCCUGAUCUUCCACUCCUUCGGUGGCGGUACUGGCUCUGGUUUUGGUGCCCUCCUCCUUGAGCGCCUUUCGACCGAUUAUGGCAAGAAGUGCAAACUCGAGUUCACCGUUUACCCGGCCCCGCGAGUUUCGACUGCCGUUGUUGAGCCCUACAACGCUGUGCUCUCUACCCACAGCACCAUUGAGAACUCUGACUGUACCUUCUUGGUUGAUAACGAGGCCGUGUACGACAUCUGCCGCCGGAAUCUGGAUAUCCCUCGGCCGAGCUACGAGCACCUCAACCGCCUGAUCGCCCAGGUCGUCUCUUCCAUCACCUCGUCUUUGCGCUUCGACGGUGCCCUGAACGUCGAUCUGAACGAGUUCCAGACCAACCUGGUCCCGUACCCUCGUAUCCACUACCCUCUGAUCAGCUACGCCCCCGUCAUCUCGGCCGCCAAGAGCCAACAUGAGAGCUUCAAGGUCUCCGACCUGACCUUCCAAUGCUUCGAGCCCAACAACCAGAUGGUCGUCUGCGACCCCCGCAAGGGCAAGUACAUGGCCGUGGCUCUGCUGUACCGCGGCGACGUGGUGCACCGCGACUGCAGUGCUGCCGUGGCCGCGCUCAAGUCCAAGGCCUCGUUCAACCUGGUUGAGUGGUGCCCGACCGGCUUCAAGAUUGGCAUCAACUACCAGAAGCCCGUCGCCGUGCCCACCGCUUCGCCUCAGGACGGCGGCCUCGCCUCGGUCGACCGCUCCGUCUCGAUGCUCUCCAACACCACGGCCAUCGCCGAGGCCUGGUCGCGCCUCGACUACAAAUUUGACCUCAUGUACAGCAAGCGCGCCUUUGUUCACUGGUACGUCGGCGAGGGUAUGGAGGAGGGCGAGUUCAGCGAGGCCCGUGAGGACUUGGCCGCCCUGGAGAAGGACUACGAGGAGGUUGCUGCCGACUCGUUCGAGCCUGAGGAGGCCGAGGCCGAGUACUAAGCGACUCCACACACUUGGUCGCUUGAUGGGUUGUUGUACCGUGACUCUCUCCGUGCUACAAAGGAGGAGAUGAAUGAGUUGAUGGAUGGUUGUUUUUCAGUUUACUGGUUGAGACUAUGAAGAUAAUUCCCCCUUUUCCCCCAGAGCAAAGUCUGUUGUUACUGCCGUUACCUCGUCUGAAAUAGUAAGAUGUGGAUAUGGGGUUUUGGCGCUCAUCGAGAUGGCUGGGGAGAAGUACAAUUCACUCUGUUUAGCACGCGGUUUGUAGAGAGGUUGGUGCUGAUUCAACUGAGAACUUGUCUUUCUCACGCAUGCUGUUUGGUAGAGCCUCGCGUGAAGGAUAUCGUUGCCAAGUCAAAACCAGCAGUAAUUAUUUGUUGACCCCCUUUCCUGUGUUUGACUGGUUUGACGCCUCUACCGAGCCAGGCGGAAAAUGGUUGGCUGUCCGCUUUUGCUGCGCCAAACACAAUGACCGCGAUCGGUGAUG